AUGAAGCUGUUUGAAAAUGAUUGUCAAUUCCACUAUCCUUGGGACCAAGUCACUGCUGCCAACUGGCGUAAGUACCCCAAUGAGAUGAGUACCCACGUUGUUGCAGUUGACGUUUUAAGAAGGGAACUUGAUCCGUCCAAGAGUGUUUUAACCACUGAAAGAUUGAUCACUUGCAAGCAAGGUAUCCCGUCAUGGCUGCAGUACAUUGUUGGUGGCAAGAACGUUAGUUAUGUGCGUGAGGUUAGCGUUGUUGAUCUUAACAACCAAACGCUGACCAUGAGAAGCGUCAAUCUCACAAUGUGCCACUUGUUGAAAGUAUUCGAAACCGUCACAUAUACACCACAUCCGAAUGACCAUAAUAUCACGAUCUUCAACCAGGAGGCAAAGAUCACAGCAUACGGUGCGUUCCAGAGAGUGUGUAACAAAGUCGAAGACUGGUCGCUGGAGAGAUUCCAUCAGAAUGCCCAGAAGGGUAAACAGGGCUUUGAAAACGUCUUAAAGGUUUUCAACGAGCAGUGGGAUGAG